AUGCCACAUUGGCAGUGGCACAACCAGUUUGUGGAGUCUUAUAAAACGGUAGCUGCGGUCACGGGUCUGACACGAUUUGCUGAGUCGCACUGUCGCUAUUUUAGCAGCGAAGACUGGCCUUUCCAAGCAAUUAGGACUGCGGCCGCAUUCAACCAGAUGCUUCCGGCAAUCAGCACGAGGGUACGGAAACCGUGUGGCGGUGCGCCGGUCGUUGCUGAGCAGGUGAACAUAUCUCAAGAAAUCGCGAAGGAGCUGGCGGAAAAUGCGAAGGCUAUCGCUUCGCCAGGGAAAGGCAUUCUCGCCGCUGAUGAAUCGACUGGAACAAUCAAGAAGCGUUUCGACAGUAUCGGGGUAGAAAACACGGAGGCGAAUCGAGCAGCUUACCGUGACCUGCUUUUCACCUCGAAAGGCAUUGGAAGCUACAUCAGCGGGGCAAUCCUGUUUGAGGAAACCCUGUUCCAGAAGAGCCCAUCCGGUACAUCUAUGGUUCAGCUGUUGAAGAACGAAGGCAUUAUUCCGGGCAUCAAAGUCGACAAGGGUCUAGCCACACUUCCGGGAACAGACGACGAGAAGGCGACUAUGGGUUUGGACGGCCUCUCUGAGCGCUGCAAGAAGUACUACGAGGCAGGCGCUCGUUUCGCCAAGUGGCGUGCGGUGCUCAGCAUCGACCCGGCAAAGGGAAAGCCUACAAAUUUGUCUAUCACUGAGGUGGCCCACGGCCUCGCGCGCUACGCGGCAAUCUGCCAAGCGAAUCGACUCGUCCCUAUCGUCGAACCCGAGAUUCUCACAGACGGCAGCCACGACAUCACCGUGUGCGCCGAAGUCACCGAGCGUGUGCUAGCGGCGGUCUUCAAGGCUCUGAACGACCACCACGUUCUGCUGGAGGGAGCGCUACUGAAGCCAAACAUGGUGACCCAAGGCUCUGAUUGUCCCGCGAAGGCUUCGCCGGAGGAGGUCGCCUUCUACACUGUGAGAGCUCUCAGACGCACUGUGCCGCCGGCUUUGCCUGGAGUCAUGUUUCUUUCCGGUGGGCAGUCAGAAGAAGAGGCCUCCGUCAAUUUGAACGCAAUGAACCGGAUGGGACCCCAUCCCUGGGCUCUGUCCUUCUCUUAUGGCCGAGCAUUGCAAGCUUCUUGCCUCAACGCGUGGAAGGGAAAACCCGCAAACAAGGACAAUGCCCAGAAAGUCCUGCUGGAAAGAGCGAAAGCAAACAGCGAGGCUCAGCUUGGAAAAUACCAAGGGGGGGCUGGCGGAGCUGCCGCCGCUUCUUCCCUGUACGAGAAACGUUAUGUGUACUGAGAGGCUUUCGCCGUGUGCGGUGCACCGUGCAGAAGACGGGCGGCUUUUCAACACAUCCACAGCGCGACGGUAUUCAUGAGAUGGUGCCUGCUACCGCCACCUAUAUUUCUGUGCGAUGCUUGGCGUGGAAACUGAGAAAAGCUAGUGCCGACAUCCCAGAAACAAGACACUCGGAAAUACGUCCCCCGUUUCUCCAGCGGAAGCUGUUGACCAGCGACAUACGUCGACAGUUCCGUUUUUGCGAUGCGUUUCAAGACGACGACGGACCUGUCUGCACUUUAGACUGCUCUCUGCAGACUUCAGUUGGCGCUAACCCGUUACAGUGUGUAUGAUUACGUCCUGAAAGCUGCGUCCACGUACAAAUAUGCCCUGGAGCUGGAAA